GCCUAAUCCAGACAUUGCGUGCCAAGCAAACCAACGCCGCCAGCGAAACCAAUCACGUGACUCAGACAUCGCAGAUUUAUUUGGCGGAAGUUUGUAUGUAAACUCACUGCAUUGACGGAGCUGGCAGACUGAUAUUCAACGAGGAGGUUAGGAAGAUCACCACCCGCUCGACCAAAUUUAUGCAUGUUUCUACCACCAAACUUGCAACAAAAUAGAAAAAGAGGCUAUCCUCCAAGCUCCCAGCCCAACCAAAGAAAGGACUACGCAAACCAAAUUCGAGGCGAUAGCCUCCUCUCCUCUCCUCCCUCCGCCAUACGCCUAUAAGCAAACGAAUAAGAAGGAAAAGAAAACUUGAAACAUCGUCCAUCACAAUGUCCCUCGUCAACCUCGCCAACGUCUGCUCCUCCAUCACAAACGCCUCCAAGGCCCGCCUGGCCAUAACCUCCAUCUCAAACACAAAGCUCCACCUCCGCCUCGCCCUCGCCCUCCGCGAUGCCGGCUUCAUCUCCACCGUCGUGCUAGCCGGCCUCAACCCACCCCCGCAACACGUCCUCCUGAAGAUCCCCGCCGCCAACGACGAAAUCGAGCCCAUCGAGCCCGUGACGAGGGAAAACGUCGCCUCGCGCCGCCUCUGGCUGGGGCUGAAAUACUGGCAGAGCGAACCGGUCAUUACCAAGAUGUCGAUGGUGAGCAAGCCCACGCGCCGGCUGACGCUGGAUGUGCCCAUGUUGAGAGAUAUUGUGCGCGGCCAUAAGCGGAAGACAGUAGAGGGGUUGAGGUCGCCGGGGGAGUGUUUGUUUUUGUCGACUAAUCAGGGGAUUUUGGAGGCGAGGGAGUGUGUGGAGAAGAUGACUGGAGGCAUGGUGUUAUGUAGAGUUGUUUGAGCGGAGGUUUUUGUGGUGGUCUUUUUUUAUUUUCCCCGCCCUCCUCUGUUUCCUUUCUUUUUUGGUUUUUGGCCGCAUUUGGAAUGGAGUUUGCACGUUUAUCUGGUCUUUUACAGCAAGGCAGUACACGGCAUUGGACUCGAGUUUUUGGAGGACCAGUGUCUGCGACAUUUCUGUGUGUGUAUGUAUAUUGUAUAUUAUCGAUGGAUAAAAUCCCCCCCGUCUCUCUAUUUUGAUUUUGAUAGAUGGUCAAGACCAUUCUGUAUAAAACUGGGGCUUUUAGACUCUACCAUGUCUUCGAUUUUUUUCUACUUUCGCAAUGCAAUGUCGACGAAAUGGCGUGCAAUGAGCAAUGAUGUGCCUAAGGUAAUUUUUUUUUCCCGCGACGAUGCAGCCAAUCUGUCCUCUCCACUGCCAAAAAAAAAAAAAAAAAAAAAAAAGAUCUCAACUUCAUUGCGAACCUCAAAAAUAUAUUCCAAGAAGAAAAGAGAGAGAAAAAAAAGAAAUCGAAAAAACACCAGGGUCUUGC